ACCGCUUGAUUUUUUGAUAACCAAGUCAGUUGCAAAUGGCCUCAAGGCUUCGCGGUUUGAUUAAGUUUCCCUGGCGAGCAAAGAAAACGAAAGAGUCGGAGGAAGUUCUUUAUGAAGAGCUGUUUAAAGCAGAACAAGAUGCUGCACCAGAAAAAAAUGCUUUAACAGAAAGCAACGCUGCCCCAGGAAAGCAUGCUGCUGAGCUGUUUGCGACAAAAGAAAAUGCUGGGCCACAAAGAGAUGCCGCACCAGAAAGUUACACUGCCCCAGGAAAAAAUGCUACUGAGAGAAUAGUGUGGUCUCCUGGAACUAGAGUGGUGGGAAAAUAUGAUUUCAAGGGGCGUACAAGAGAGGAUCUGCCUUUUAAAAAGGGCGAAAUUCUCAUUAUAGAAACAGUUACCAGGGAUCCCAAAUGGUAUAGAGCAGUUGAUAGUGAGGGACGAAAAGGAAUGAUUCCUUUCAACUUUGUUAGGAAAUGUUUAACUUACCCUGUUGAACCCUUGUUAUGGUUUCAUGGGGAUAUAAGCAGAAUAGAGACUAAGAGGCUCCUUAACCCUUGCGAAGACGGAUUGUUUCUGAUAAGAAACAGUUUCACCUAUAAGGGGGAAUAUGCUAUUUCGGUCUGCUAUGCUGACAAUGAUGCUAACAAUGUUAAGCACUACAGAGUCAGAGUGACUGACUGUGGAAAACUUAGAGUAGACGAUGAUGUUUUUUAUGGAAGUCUCUCCGAAUUAGUAGAGCAUCAUUCAAAGGGCGCAGAUGGACUAUGUACGAGAUUAGCAAAACCUGACGCGUAUAAAGGAGAAACAUUUUAUACCAGCAUCGAUCGGCGGUGGUUUGAUAACGGUAAGCAGGCAUGCAGAAUCUGUUUAUUGUCAAAAAACUGUAAAGUUAUUGCAGGCUCAGUAAAUGGGAAAAUUUUGCCUUAAGUGGAAGAUUUGCCUAUAGUUUUUCCGAAAAAAAAAAAGGAUUUGAGUAAUAUGUGUAAUCUAUACUUUAUUG